CUCGUUUCUAUUCAUUUCAAACUCACAUUUCUAAUCUUCCACGAAUCCAGACUCAUGGAGAUGACUAUUUAUGAAACUGUAAUCUGAGUGCGCAUCACGGCCACCGCGUACUUUAGAAGCAACCAACACAGGAGAGCGAAAGAGAGAAUAAACCGACCACCGCGUACUUAAGCAGCAACCAACGAGAGAGAGAGAGAGAGAGAGAGAGAGAGAGAGAUGUACGGAGGGAACGAGAUGAGUCUGGCGUACGAGAACCGGGUUUUCAAUCGGCGGUCCGGUCUGACCGGUUCCCGAAUGGGCUGCACGCUCGUGACCGGUUUCCUCGGCAGCGGCAAAACGACCCUCCUCAAGCACAUACUCGACCACCGCGGCGACCUCCGACUCGCCGUUCUCGUCAACGAGUUCGCCGACUCGGACGUCGACUCGCUCCUCCUCGACUCCACCCACCUCAACGCUGCUUUCAAUCUCUCCACAGUCUCCCUCACCCACGGCUGCGGUUGUUGCGAUGUAAGCGGGCCUUUUCGAGAAUCUCUGCAGCGGAUUGUCGAUAGCAAGCACAAUUUCGACUGCCUCCUCAUCGAGACAUCCGGGCUUGCGAAGCCAGAGAAGUUUGUAGCGGAGUUAGAGGAAGUCGGCAUAAAUCUGGAUUGGAUUAUUGCUGUGGUGGAUGCUGAAUCACUUCCCAAGAUCUUAAGCAUGGAUGUUGUGAAGCAGCAGUUGCAGCAUGUGGAUCUUGUGCUGCUGAACAAGUGUGACUUAGCUACCCUUAGUCAAAUCUCUGAUGCUGAAGACAUUUUAGAAGGACUGACGGGAGGGGCAAAGGUCAUUCGCUCACAGUUCUGUAAGGUUCCUUUGGAACUUGUUAUUGAUUUUAGCAAGGGUGAACCUCAGCCACUACCAAAAGAAGACGUCAGUGGUCCAGCAUUUCUUUCCCACGAGCCCUUGCCCAAGACGACUUUCCAAGCAGCAACCUUUGGCAACACUUCAGUAGGCAUUUCGUCCUCUGAUCAUGCUGAGGACCAGUCUUCAACCUCUCGUAUGAGCUGGACCUCAAAUGAUUUACAAAGUGGUUUGUCACAUGGAGAAUCUUUCUCAUCUUUAACUUUUGAAAGUGAGGUUCCGUUGUCUUUAGCCUCAUUUCAGUCAAUAAUUCUGACAAAGAUGAGAUGCACGAAUGGGCUUCUCAGAGCUAAAGGAAUUUUAUGGCUUGCAGAGGAUAGAGAAAGUCGGUUUGUUUUUCAAUGGAGUGGCGUCAAAAGGGUAGAAGCUGUUAGUGGAGGACCUUGGGAGAGUCCACCAAAAACUUGCCUCGUGCUUAUUGGCACUGAUAGAUCUGAACUUGAAGCUCUCUAUGGACAGCUUUCAAAGUCAGCUGAUCCUCAGAAGGAGAUAGCAUCAUAUAUUGGACGUUCCAAAGAGUCUGCAAAAAGUUUGGCUUUGAAAAUUGCAAAGGAUGGAAGAUUUAAGGAACCUUAUCUGCAAAAGGAACCACUCGUGGUAUUUGGCCUCAAAGGUUCACCUCUACAUGGGAUAAAAGAGUCUCAGUUGAAUGGAUCUCUAUUGCGCAUUGUUAAUGGCAACGGAAAAAUCUUCCUAACAGCCACUACUUCUGGGCAAGACUACAAUUUGCAGCUUUUACUUGAUGAUGAUUCCAACAUAGAUGAAGCAUGGGAUGAGAUUCGAGUGGCUGCUGGUGUAGUCAUUUCAAAACUAUGCAAGAACUUCUGCCCGUGCAGGUCAGAUCUUACCGCUCAUGUCCACUAAUGCUCAAUAUUGAAGGCCUAGGCUUUCUUUUUCUGGAAGCAGCGGGGAGAAAUUGAGAAAAGCAUAGAAGGUAUCAAUUGGAUUCUUGGUGAUGGAUGACAACAGUCCAAUUAAAAAAAUGUCAUGUCCCAACAUCCAAAUACAACACAGAUGCCGAAUUGGAGACGCAGCCGAGUAGCUUCUCUAGUUUGCCAUCAAUUGGGCUUUUCAAAUCCAAAUUACGAAUCAAGGAAUCUAAAUUCAGUGGCCAUGUUUGGCCAUGAGAUUUCCCAUAGAGUGGCUUCUCUAGUUUGUUUGUCCGAUUUAUGUAUUAAAGAUAUGCUAUGACAGUCUUAACUGAUUAGACUUCCUUUCUAGCUUAUUUACCAGGAAAAGCUCGCCAUGGAAACCCAGGGAAAUUUGACAAAGGCUGCUGUGGAAUAUGUCAAGACAGGCAACUUUUCUGGUGCAUUCUGUUUCUUUAGCUGGCAAUCUUUGACAUCUGUUUGUAGCAUGUACGCUUUCAGGAUCUUUUAAGCAUUCACACCCUGCACGAAUCGCCAUCCAUAUAGCUUUUCAGGCUGAUGCAUGUUAAGUUGUAUUAAACUCGGCUGACAUUCAAACGCAACCAUAUUUUAUUUUCUUUUCUUUCGGUUAUUGUUUGUAUAUAGACCAGAAUUAUUUUUUUCCAGUGUUGGCUUAUUAAUUUAUUUCUCAAACAGAUGGCAAGAAUAUAGAGAAAAAUGCUUGAUUUGGCAAGGUUUAAGGAUGUUAACUGACAAAGCAGUAGUAUUGAUAGAAGCAAUCACCAAGGAAGAUGUAAAUUAGCAAGCAUAUGUUUUCUUAAAUGUGAAAUCACUGCUCUUAAAUUACAAUUUGGAGUGAGCAAACAAUCCAUGCUUGGUGCAUUUGCUGGAAAGUCUCCCUGAUUUGUACAAUCUCACCGAUCUGAUUCCAUCCUCUUGAAUUUAUUCUGCUGCCCUUGCUAUAUUUUUAUUAUCCAUUUGAUAGCAACUAUAACAGAACUGUUAGGAUUUUGAGAUGAAUGUGAUUUUCUGGUAAUGCUCCA